AUGCAGGCCCCUCAGCCCAGAGGCGUCCGGGGCUCAGCCUCUGCUCUGCCUCUGCACGUGUCUCUGGCCUUAGCCUGGGUUCUCCUGGAUCCAGUUCGCUCCCAGCAAUGUCCACCUGGAAACCCCCUCCUCGUCCACCAGUUCAUGGAGAUAGGCGCUGACCAGCGGGUCCCCGCCCAGCACCGGGUCCCGAGCUCACUGGAUCCGCUCUACGGCAUCGUCCGGCGCUACCUGGAUGUGGUCCAGCAGAACCCCUUCCCCACAGAGCUGCUCCGGGUGGCCCUGAACGAGCCGUCGUCAGUCAGAAGCUCUCAGGUGGUGCGCUACCAGGCUGGCUAUGUCGUCUGUGCCAUGAUUGCUGUGCUCUUCUUCGUGGCGGUGCCGGCGACUGGUCUGUGCUUCUGCUGCUGCCGGCGCCGCCGGCGCUGUGGGGGGCGCAUCAAGGCCGACCGCCGCUCCCUCACCUGCCAGCGCAACUUCCUCACAUUCUGCCUCUCCCUCACCACCGCCAUCCUCCUGGCCGGCGUUAUCUGUGCUUUCAUUGCCAACCAGCGGGUGAAGGAGCAGAUGGAGCCCGGGGCCCGUGCCGUGCCAGCCACUCUACACACUUUGAGGAAGAAUAUUGGCAGCAUCCCACAGGGGGUGCAGUCUGUUGUGGAGCAGUUUGCAGUGCCCAGACAGCAAAUAAUCGGUGACCUGAACAAUGUCAGCCGCGGCAUCGGCCUCACCAUCCAUUCGCUGCUGAAGGAGCAGGUGUAUUCAGUGCUGGAGGCCAUUCAGGGCAGAGCACAAGACCUACAGAACUCGCUGAACCAUUUACAGAUUCUCAACAAGACCGUGCGGACUCUGACCCAUUUCCAGGACGAGCUGAGCCUGGCGCUUAGAGAUCGCAAGGAGAGCGCAGUCUCCCUGCUGGACAGUCCGCGCUGCACAUCCUGUGCCCGGGCACUGGGCAAAGCCCAGAGCUUGGAGCCGGGAGCUGACUACAGCAGGGUUCCUUCGGUGGAACAAGUUUUGAAGACACUGUCUGGUCUCCCCAAAGCUAACUUCCCAGACUUGAUUGACCAGGGCAACAGCACCUUCAACUCGAUGCCAGACCUAGCCGUUGCAAAGAUGGCCCAGGUUGUGCAGGACCUAAAGGACGAAGUGAACAAGAUCAAUGAGAAGGUCCAGUCUAUUGCAGACAGCUUCCCAGUCUCUGAUUACACUCAGCCCUUGAAUGAUGCCCUGAUGCAGGCGGAGAACAAGAGCCGCCCUUACCUCCAGGAGGUGAAACACUAUGAGAAAUACAGGUGGAUUGUGGGCAUUGUGCUGUGCUCCGUGGUCCUGCUGGUUGUAGCCUGUAACCUCCUGGGGCUGUCCCUUGGGGCCUGUGGGCUUGCCAUGCGGGAGGAUCCGAGCGACUACGAAAGCAGAGGAGAAGCUGGGGCCAAAUUCCUUUUGGUGGGCGUUGGCUUUAGCUUCCUCUUCUCCUGGCUCCUGAUUCUCUUGGUCUUUGCCACCUUUCUGGUUGGGGGCAAUGUCCAGACGCUGGUGUGUAAGAGCUGGGCCAAUCAGGAGAUUUACAAGUUUAUCGACACUCCUGGGAACCUGCCUCCAUCCAUGAACCUCACCCAGCUACUCAGCCUGAAGAGGAACCUCAACCUAACCUCUGCUUACCAGGAGUGCAAGAAGGGUGCAGGCCUCUGGGACGUUCUGCAGCUCAGAGAUGCCUACAAUCUUGAGGAUCACCUCCACCUCAGCCAGUACACCAGAGACUUCCAGAAGCGCCUCGACAACUUCAAUCUCCACUUUGAAGAAAUCCACUUCCUUGACGGGGCUGGGAGACGGGACCUGGAGACCUUCCGGCAGAGCGGGAUCGACCAGCUGGAUUACCCCACAUUCCAGGCCGAGAUGCAGAACCCUGUGGUGAGGACGAGCCUGGAAGAUCUAGCCAGGGAUCUCGAGGGACUCCGAAAAAUUCAGAACAACAUCACAAUAGCAGGACGGCUGGCCAAUGAGUCCCAGGCCCUGUGGAAAAUCCAGAAUGCCACCGUGCUCACCCAGGAGGCCCUUGUGGUGAAGCUGAAUGAGAGCGUGCAGUUCUUAUCUGCCAUGGCACCCCACCUCCAGCCCCUCUUGAAACGGACGAUGGCCGAGAUCGCCCUAGUCGAGACCAUGCUCCCGGUGCAGGCACAGCGGCUCCUGAGACACGAGAUCGGCUGCUUCACAAGGAAAGAACUGGGCUAUUUCUCGCAGUACCUGAACUGGGUGAGACGCACGAUGACUGAGGAUGUGGCUUCCUGCCAGCCCCUCGCCACGGCGCUGGAUAACGGCCGGGUGAUCCUGUGCGACCGCAUUGCUGAGCCCUGGAACGCCUUCUGGUUCAGCCUGGGCUGCUGCACCUUCCUCCUCAUCCCCAGCAUCAUCUUCGCCAUCAAACUUACCAAGCACUUCCGCCCCAUCAGGAACCGGCUAAUCUCUACUGCCUCAGAGGAGACCUAUCCUUUCCACAUCCCCCGCGUUACAGCUCUCAAGCUAUAG